AUAAGCUGGAAAAGCAGGGAAAAGAGACCGCUCAGGAAGAAGCAAAAGACAGGCGAUCGAUCUUCCAUCACAGCAGCAUUAAGCAACUGCCCUCACUCAUAUAAAAACCAAGAUGAAGGCAACAUCACUACUUCGUCAGGCAACCGGUGCCAAUCCAACAACACCAUUCUCAGCAGCACACAAAGCAUACGUUCAAUCAUUGUAUCGUCGUUAUUUACGUAAUGAAUUGGAUUGGUGUAUCAGAAGAGAUAUUUGGCGUGAUCGGGCAAUCGAAAUUCGUACGCAAUUCGAACGUAAUCGUCAUAUCGCCAAUCCACGUGAAUUGGCAAAAGUAUUACAAGCUGCUGAAGAAGCUCUAACUGAACGUCGUCAUCCUGAUCCAUACAAGCCACCAGAGGCAGAAGACGGAACAAAAUGGGAGCGCAACAUUCCGCCACGCAUGUUCACAAAAGCAGAAAAGGACGCAGCACUACAUGGCGGACAUUAAUUUGUUCAGUAGAGAUAUUCAUCAAUUUAUAC